AUGCCCUACACUUCCGACCGCCCAGAAGAUUUCAGCAAUCUUGCGAACGGUCUCAGUGGUAUGAAUUCCAAUCAUGAGGAACUCGAGUUCAAGCAAGACCACUCCAAAGUUCAAGAGUUUAUCGGUGGGAACGCCAUAGAUGUUGCUGCUCCUUCACCUGUGACAGAUUUCGUUCGAAGAAAGGGUGGGCAUACCGUCAUCACUAAGAUCUUGAUCGCGAACAACGGUAUUGCAGCCGUCAAAGAAAUCCGAUCAGUUCGAAAAUGGGCCUACGAAACGUUUGGCCGGGAAAGGGUAAUCGACUUCGUGGUCAUGGCUACCCCCGAAGACUUAAAGGUCAAUGCCGAUUACAUUCGAAUGGCUGAUCGAUACGUCGAAGUACCCGGUGGCUCUAACAACAACAAUUACGCCAACGUCGAUGUUAUCGUUGACGUUGCGGAACGUGCGGGUGUCCAUGCUGUUUGGGCUGGAUGGGGACAUGCAUCUGAGAACCCAAGACUCCCGGACGCCUUGGCGGCUUCGAAGCAAAAAAUCAUUUUCAUCGGUCCUCCCGGCUCAGCGAUGCGAUCCUUAGGUGACAAGAUUUCCUCCACAAUUGUUGCCCAAUCUGCCCAGGUUCCCACAAUGGCAUGGUCCGGUUCGUCACUCUCGGAAACCGAAACUUCUGCUCAAGGUUAUCUCACCGUCGCCGACGAAGUCUACAAAAAAGCCUGUGUGACUGAUGUCGAGGUCGGUUUGAGGAUGGCGGAAGAAAUCGGAUAUCCCGUGAUGAUUAAGGCCUCUGAAGGUGGCGGUGGCAAAGGUAUCCGAAAAGUCGAAAAGGCCGAGAAUUUCACCAUGUCUUUCAACGCGGUUCUCGGUGAGGUCCCCGGCUCACCCAUUUUCAUCAUGAAGCUCGCAGGCGCCGCCCGUCAUUUGGAGGUCCAGGUCUUGGCCGAUCAGUACGGCAAUGCGAUUAGUCUUUUCGGGCGCGACUGCUCUGUUCAACGUCGUCACCAGAAGAUCAUCGAGGAGGCUCCUGUGACCAUCGCUCGCCCUGAAACCUUUGAAAAGAUGGAAAAAGCAGCUGUUAGGCUGGCCAAGCUGGUUGGUUAUGUCUCGGCAGGCACGACCGAGUUUCUUUAUGAAGCCUCAACCGAUUGUUUCUACUUUCUAGAACUUAAUCCCCGACUUCAGGUUGAGCAUCCCACCACCGAAAUGGUAUCCGGUGUCAAUCUCCCUGCCGCCCAGCUCCAAAUCGCCAUGGGAAUCCCACUUCAUCAAAUCCGGGACAUCCGAACUCUCUACGGCACCAACCCCCACGGAAACUCGCAAAUCGACUUUGAUUUCAACCUGCCGCAAUCAUCAGAUACCCAGCGGAAACCCAUGCCCAAGGGACAUGUCGUUGCUGUCCGAAUCACUGCUGAAAAUCCUGACCAAGGAUUCAAGCCAUCCUCUGGUACUCUCCAGGAGUUGAACUUCAGAAGUAGUACCAACGUGUGGGGUUAUUUCUCCGUGGGGACAGCCGGUGGUCUUCAUGAGUUUGCAGAUUCCCAAUUCGGUCAUAUUUUUGCGUACGGUGCUGAUCGUAGCGAAAGUCGAAAGGCCAUGAUUGUGGCGCUCAAAGAGUUGUCUAUCCGUGGAGAUUUCCGAACAACUGUCGAAUAUCUGAUCAAGCUGCUUGAGACCGAGGCAUUCGAGUCGAAUACGAUUACUACAGGCUGGCUCGAUACCCUUAUCUCGGCUAAUAUGACUGCUGAGCGGCCGGACAACACCCUCGCUGUGAUCUGUGGGGCUGUGACCAAAGCUCACUUACAGGCUGUAGCCGCGUCUGAUGAGUACAAGCGAAUCCUCGACAAAGGUCAGGUCCCCGACAAGAACUUGUUGAGGACAGCAUUCACACUUGAUUUCAUCUACGAGAACAUCAAGUACCAAGUUCUUGCAACCCGCUCUGCCGCCGGUCUCUACACCCUGUUCUGUAACGGUGGAAAGGUCAGCGUGGGAUUGCGCACGUUAGCUGAUGGUGGCCUACUCGUAUUGCUCGAUGGCCGAUCUCACACUGUUUAUUGGCGUGAGGAGGUUGGUGCUCUUCGUCUGAUGGUCAAUUCCAAGACGUGUUUGAUCGAGCAAGAGAGCGAUCCAACCCAAUUGAGGUCGCCCAGCCCCGGGAAAUUGGUGAGAUUUUUGGUCGAGAGUGGCGAUCAUGUUAAAGCGGGUCAAGCUUACGCUGAAAUCGAGGUCAUGAAAAUGUACAUGCCCUUGGUAGCUUCUGAAGAUGGGGUACCACAAUUUGUCAAACAGCCUGGAACGAGUCUAGAAGCCGGUGACAUAUUGGGUGUAUUGACUUUGGAUGACCCCAGCCGUGUCAAACAUGCCCAACCUUUUGCAGGCCAAUUGCCACCGAUGGGACUACCCAGCAUCGUUGGCUCCAAACCUCACCAGCAGUACGACAGCCUUCUGAAGAUUCUCUACGACAUUCUUGACGGCUAUGACAACGUUUCCGUUAUGCAAAGUACACUGAAAGAUCUCAUGAUAGUCCUCCAAGAUCCCGAACUUCCUUACGGACGUGCGACCGCCAUUCUGUCCACACUGUCGGGCAGAAUGCCUGCAAAACUUGAAGCAUCUAUCCGAACAACGUUAGACGCUGCUCACAGCAAAGGCUCUGAAUUCCCAUCCCCUCGCUUGAGGAAAGUUAUCGACUCGUUCUUAGAUGACGGAGUUCGCCCGCAAGAUCGCCAAACCGUUCUCAAUACUUUAGCACCGUUGUCGGAUGUGAUCAACCGAUUCAAGGGUGGUCUUAAGUCGCAUGGCUAUUUGACUCUGUCUGAGCUGAUGGGAGCUUACCACGGCGUCGAGAGCAUCUUCAGCUCCAACCAGGAGGACGACAUCAUACUGCAACUUAGGGAUCAAAAUAGAGACUCGUUGGACGAAGUUGUUAGAUUGGUCUUGUCACACUCUAAGUGCAGCUCCAAGAACCAAUUGAUUCUUGCUGUCCUAGAUAUCGUUAGUAAGACCGCUUCCCAAGCAGCAGUCGAAACGACUUUCCACGAUAGUUUGAGCCAGUUGGCUCAGUUGGAUUCCAAGGCCGCCUCCAAAGUUGCUCUUAAGGCCAAAGAGGUCUUGAUUCACUGUCAGCUGCCCUCGCUGGAAGAAAGACUAGGACAAAUGGAAUCGAUUCUCAAGACGUCUCUCCAACCAACCGUUUACGGUGAGGCCAACCGUGGCCAGCCUCAACCUUCCUAUGACGUCCUUCGUGAACUCGUCGACUCUAAAUACACCGUCUUUGAUGUACUCCCGACCUUUUACGAUCAUCCGGAUCCGUGGGUAGCCUUGGCCGCCUUGGAAGUCUACGUUCGCCGCGCCUACCGAUCCUACUCAAUCGUCAAUUUUGAAUAUGAAGAAGGGGACGUUAAUGAGAAUGAGCCGGUUAUGGUUUCGUGGUUGUUCCGAAUUCGCAAAGGGGCUUCACCACCUUCGACCCCGCGCAAAGGACUGACAGGCCGUUUGGCCUCUUUCUCAGACCUGACCUAUGUUGUCAAGCAUUUGCAAGAUGAACCAAUGCGAUCAGGCGUCAUGUUUAGCAUCAAGAACCUCGAAGAUCUCGAUAAAUUCAUGCCGAACGUACUCAUGAAGUUCCCGGAUGUUCAACCAAAGCUACUCAAUCCUGACCCCGAAGGAGAACCUCAUCACAACGUGCUCAACAUUGCUUACAGGCUGGAUGACUUGAAGUCCGACCAAACAGAUGCCGAGUGGCACGUCAAGUUUCAAAACGUGUGCGAGAAGUUUGACCAAAGUUUGACCAAACGUGGAGUUACCAGAGUGACUUUCAAAAUUUGUCGAAAGGAACAAUACCCAUCAUACUUCACUCUCAGGAAGGACGCCGAAACCAAGAACUGGGAAGAAGUAGUUGCCAUCAGAGACAUUGAGCCGGCCUUAGCAUUCCAAUUGGAAUUAUCUCGAUUGUCCAACUUCCACGUUACUCCCUGCCCCACUGAAAAUAGGCAGAUUCACAUUUACUAUGCCGAAGGUAAAGAAAACUCGGCCGAUUCGAGAUUUUUCGUGAGAACCAUUGUUCGGCCUGGACGCAUCAAAGGUUCGAUCAAAGUGGCCGAUUAUCUGGUUGCUGAAGCGGAAAGACUUUUGAAUGAUGCCCUGAAUGCGUUAGAAGUCGUUUCAGCAACUAGAAGGGGUGUGGAUGUCAAUCAUGUGACCCUGAACUUCGUCUAUGGAAUCCCGAUCGGAUUUGAAGAGCUACAGGCGGCGUUGGCUGGGUUCCUUGAGCGUCAUGGUAAACGCUUGUGGAGGUUGCGUGUCACUGCUGCCGAAGUCCGUCUGGUCAUUGAAGAUGAAAGUGGCUCCCCUCAAGCCAUCCGAGUGAUGAUCGAUAACUUAUCCGGUUUCGUCGUCAAAUUCGAAGCAUACAAGGAAGUCACGACUGAAAAAGGCAAAACGAUCUUGAAGUCCAUCGGUCCGGUUGGUGCUUACCACCUCCAACCUGUCAAUUUCCCUUACCCAACAAAGGAAUGGCUCCAACCUAAACGAUUCAAGGCUCACGUAGUUGGAACAACGUACUGUUACGACUUCCCCGAUCUAUUCAGACAAGCAGCCCGUCGUGAAUGGAAACGUCGAUCCGAAGAAAUUCCUUUCCUGAAGCCACCAACUGAUCCUCUCGUCGCCACCGAGCUUGUCCAAGACGAAUACGGAACUCCUCAGGAAGUAUCGAGACCUCCAGGCAGGAACACAGUUGGAAUGGUUGCCUGGAUGUUUGUCAUCAAAACCCCUCAGUUCCCCAACGGCAGGCGAAUGAUCGUGAUUGCUAACGAUAUCACCUUCAAGAUCGGAUCGUUUGGUCCAGCCGAAGACGACUUUUUCUACCGGGUAACUGAGCUUGCCCAGAAGCUAGGUGUUCCGCGUAUCUACCUUUCCGCUAACUCUGGUGCUAGACUGGGAAUUGCGGAUGAAGUCACCGAUCAGUUCUGUGCCGCUUGGAACGAGCCUGAGAAUCCAAGUAAGGGAUUCAAAUUCCUAUACCUGACUCAAGAUUCCGUCAAGAGACUCAAGGAGAAGGGUGAAGAGAAUGUGGUGACGGAAGAGGUUGAGCAUGAGGGUCAAAUCGUCCAUCAGAUCAAAGCUGUCAUUGGCUCGCAGGACGGUCUCGGAGUCGAAUCCUUGCGGGGUUCCGGCUUGAUUGCCGGUGGCACUUCUCGUGCAUACAACGAUAUUUUUACAAUCACUCUUGUUACCGCUCGGUCAGUGGGAAUAGGUGCAUACCUGGUUCGAUUAGGUCAACGUGCUGUUCAAGUCGAAGGCCAGCCGAUUAUCCUCACCGGAGCCAGCGCUUUGAACAAAGUUCUGGGCAGAGAGGUUUACUCUUCGAACUUGCAACUCGGCGGGACUCAAAUUAUGCACAGAAAUGGAGUCUCUCAUCUAACGGCCAGUAACGACCUCGAAGGCGUUUCGCACAUUUUGGACUGGAUGUCAUACAUCCCCGAAUGCCGUGGUGGACCAUUGCCAAUCACAAGUGCUAAAGAUUCUUGGGACCGGGCGAUCGAUUAUGUUCCCAUCAAAGGUUCCUACGAUCCCAGGUGGUUCCUCGCCGGCAAAGAGGACAUCACUGAAGAUGCCGGGACCGGUGAAUCUCGAUUCCUCUCCGGAUUCUUUGACAAAGGAUCGUUUCAAGAGACUCUAUCUGGAUGGGCUCAGACCGUUGUUGUCGGCCGAGCACGACUAGGCGGGAUUCCAAUGGGCUGUAUUGCCGUUGAAACCCGCACAAUCGAAAAAGUCAUACCGGCCGACCCAGCCAACCCUUCAUCUGUUGAACAAAAAAUUAUGGAGGCUGGCCAGGUUUGGUACCCUAACUCAUCACAUAAGACGGCCCAGGCCAUCGAGGACUUCAACCGAGAAGAACUGCCUCUCAUUAUCUUUGCCAACUGGCGUGGAUUCUCUGGUGGUCAACAGGAUAUGUUUGAUGAAGUUUUGAAACGUGGGUCUAUGAUUGUGGAUGGAUUAUCGAGCUACAAACAGCCCGUGUUUGUUUACAUCAUCCCCAACGGUGAACUUCGUGGAGGAGCAUGGGUUGUAUUAGAUCCUUCCAUUAACCCUAAUGGAAUGAUGGAAAUGUACGCCGACAAGACUUCUCGUGCUGGUGUACUGGAGCCAGAAGGUAUUGUGGAAAUCAAAUUCAGAAAGGCUAAAAUCCUCGAGAUGAUGAAUCGCUUGGAUCCCCGAUAUGCCGAGCUGAAGACCGCCACUUCCGACAUGUCCAAAACCUCGGAGGAACUGAGUGCGAUCAAGAAUGAAUUGGCCGCUCGUGAAAAACAGUUGAGCGGAACCUACACAGCCAUGGCUCUCCAAUUCGCAGACCUACACGACCGAACUGAGCGAAUGAAGGCCAAGGGCACGAUCCGAGAGGCUUUAGACUGGAGCGAAAGUCGAAGAUACUUUUACUGGAGACUCAGGAGAAGGUUGCUCGAGGAAGAGAUCUUGAAGAAACUUGACAAGGCCGAACAGAUCUUACCAUCCGUCGUUGACCGAGCUUCAAAUCGGGUGGAAAGAAUGAAGAUUAUCGAAGAACGGUUUCUACAUGAUCUGAGCUUGGAAGAAAUCCAAACAAAUGAUCAAGCAGUUUGCUCGAAGAUCGAGGAGAGGAAAAAACUCGUCGAUGCCUUGAUCACUGAGACUGAGAGGGCUAGUUUGGAAAGUCAAAUCCAGGGCCUGAUUAACACCAAAUCGAACUUGGUCUUCGAGUCGAUUAAGAAAGUGUUGGGUGACCGAUUGAGUUCGGAUGAGAUCUCGGUUUUAUCUAAACUCAGCAAGAACAAUUGA